AUGUCGGCACCUCAGCACACCAGCCCGCCCGUCCAGGGCCAGUUCGCCUGGCUCCACGCCAUCGGCGCGACACCCGAGGCCGUCGCGACGCUGAACGACCAGCCCUACGUGUUCUUCGUACUCGUCGCCGGCCUGGUCAUCUGUAUCCUCGAGGGUCUUUUCAUAUGGUACAUUCAUUUCGCGACUAUGAAGCCCGAGCAGAAGAAGGCGAAAGAGGACGCGAAGAAGAAGAAGGCUGAAAAGAAGGCCGGAAAGAAACCCGGCGGCAAGCCUCCCGCUCAGCGAUACAGAGAGAUCUGCACUGUGAUUGAUGUGGGCUGUAAAAGGGAGAGGGUGCAGGUCAUCGAUACUGGUGUCAUGAGAGAGAACGCAGAGAUAUCCCCAUCUUUCACGAUCAUAUAUCAUCACGGACGCUGGGGUUCGGCUUUAUGA